CCGCGCCGAUCGAGCCAACACCGUCUGAUUCCCCGCUGUAACGCCGCCGCCACCGCGUCGCGGGUUCAGUGGCCAUCAGGACUCUCCAGAUCCGCACCCUCAUGGUGUCGCAGUUCAUGGUCGAGCUGGUGGGCACACCAAGGUCGUAGACGGCGAGGGGCCGCCCAGGAUACUGCACUUCAACCCCAGGAUCCGCGGGGACUACAGCGGCAGGCCGGUGAUUGAGAUGAACAGCUGCUACAGGAUGCAGUGGGGCCGCUCGCAGCAAUGCGAGGGCUUCGCGUCCCGGCCCGCAGAAGAGACUGUUGAUGCUCAACUGAAGUGUGAGAAAUGGAUUCGAGAUGAUGACAACAAGUCAGAGGAGUCAAAGAUGAAAUGGAGAUCAAGGCGAGGGCUAGAUGAUGGAUUUUGCAGCCUGCAGUUGUAUCCAUCACUUUGUAUGUGUAUGUACAAACCUGUGAAGAAAGUCAUGGUCAUAGGAUCUCCAAGUGCAGACGACAUCAUUAACCAGUCUUCAUUUUCUGUGAUAGAUUUUGUGUUAUUUUGAUUUUCAUUAUGUAGCCACUUGCCUGUGAUUAUACGGUGAUUGUAAAAUCAAAUAAACCCUGCUCCUAGACAUGUUUUGGAAUCAGAACAAUGUGAGAAGUUCUGGAGUAUCACGUGGGAAAUGUAUGGGAUGGAGCCCAUGUGAUUUUUUUU